AUGAGCCAAGGCCAUAUAAACCCUGGCUACUACAACACCUAUACUGGUGACGUGGUAUAUACCAACGCUAUGGACAACAGCGCCCCGGCAAACGACCAACAUGUAUAUACCGCUCCGCAAUCUUGGUCCCAUGUACCUAUGAUCACGGCACCACCUCUUCCCACCGAAGCACAAUGGCCGCUACAGUACCACCCUCGUCAAGGAGCAUGGUUUGAGCAAGAAACGCUGUCUCCGAGUGAUGUAAACUCUGAGGCAAGCGGUUUUGAUGAUAGUGCUACACCCAGUCUCCACCGAUCAGACUCGGGAGACUUCUCUGAGGUCUGGGAUCAUGAACCGCCCUCAAUGCCAUUCUCGCCUUUCCAGCCUCCUGUAUCCACUAGUGGGCUACUCAAUAGCAUCGGAAGCGGCUUCUUAUCUCUUCAGCUACCUCAUUGCGUCAAUGAUAACCAGGAAGAGAGUCUCCAGCAAUUCGAAUAUAUGCUCGGCGACCUCGAAGUUAACGACCCCAUCUCGUCUCCUGCGGUUUCUGAUGCGACUCCUCAUGUGGCUAUGCACGAUUCACCUCACUCGGAACAUGAGCACGAACAGCAGCCAUGUCCUUUACAGCCUCACAAUCUCUCACUCUCGGGUAGACCGAGAAGGACACGGCAGUCCAGAGAGGCUGAGGCAGGCUCAUCGAGAAGACCGACUAGAGUGAACAGCACUCGAGCACGUCUAUUUUGCGAGGCCUGCCGUGAUAGUAAAGACUAUUCCCGCGGGUUUCGCGGCGAGCACGAACUUGCUCGUCAUUACGCACAGAAACACACCAAGCACAAGAAAGUAUGGAAGUGCUUUGACCUCAGUCCUGAUCAUUUGAUGCGCAACUGCGAGAGAUGCAAGACUGGUCAUCAGUAUGGCACGAGCUAUGGUGGUGCAGAGCAUUUCAGGAGGAAGCACACUGCCAUGUUCGGAAAAGACAUGAUGGAGCUUUUGCGAGGCAAGAACCAGCGAUGGGCUCUGAGCAGCAAUCGUCUAAUCGAAGAGGGUUGGCUGCGUCAAGUCUUUGUGCCGGGCGAUGGCGAACCAUCCGCUCAGCAGGAGGAGCAGAUUGUGACUACCAUACACGCCCCUGUGCCUUUCCUCGGAGACUCUCAGGAGAUUCGACGAGGUAGUGAAAUGCGGAUGGCGCAUCUUCAGCCCUUUCAUCAGCCACAGUUCGCGAUGCAUGGAGUGAAUCCGGCUUGGGGCCAACAUCAAUACCAACCCCAGCCUCAGCCUUAUCAUCAGCAGUCGCAGCAAGGUCAGCAACACCAGCACCAGCACCAGUACCAACACCACCACCAACAACAACAAUGGCAUUCAGGAUAGCAUCAGGGAUAGCACGAUGGGACAUUUUCUUUGUACUAGACUCUAGGACGAGAGUUGGGAAGCCUUCGCUUUUGGAACUUUCUUUUCUCUUGCAUGGGACGGUUUUGCGAUGAUACCCCUUGACGAUUCGUUUCUUGACAUGAUUCCUUCACUUCUCAUAUCCUUUUUUUUCUUUCUUUCUGUCACUCAUCUUAUCUCAUCAUACCUCCGCCCCUCCAG